AGCCGAGCGCUGCGCCCGCAGGCCCAGCGAGGCCGACGUGGGAGGAGUCCGAGCGCCGGCCGCGCGGAGGCGACAAGUGGAACCAAGAAACUCCAGAGUAACACAGCAAGGCAAUGUGACCCCGACCUGCGAAGGUACAAAAAGGAGAACUCGGCAGGAAGAUCCGUGGAAAGGGCUGACGUUGGACAACAUGCACCAGCAGUGGCUUCUAUUGGCUGCUUGCUUUUGGGUGAUCUUCAUGUUCAUGGUGGCCAGCAAGUUCAUCACCUUGACCUUUAAAGACCCAGACGGGUACAGUGCCAAGCAGGAGUUCCUGUUCCUGACCACCGUGCCAGAAGUGGGAAAGCUGUCAGGAGAGAAGCACUUGACUGAGGAAUUAAAGCCAACUGGGAACAUGCUUGCAGCUGGUCAGCACGUUCAACCCCUGGUCCACCUGCAGCGCCUGGAGCUCAUCAGAAACACGUGUAGGGACGAGGCGCUGAGGAACCUCUCGCACACGGCCAUCUCCAAGUUCGUUCUGGACCGCAUAUUUGUCUGCGACAAGCACAAGAUCCUCUUCUGCCAGACCCCCAAAGUGGGCAACACCCAGUGGAAGAAAGUGUUGAUUGUUCUCAAUGGAGCCUUCCCUUCCAUUGACGAGAUCCCUGAGAACGUGGUUCACGACCAUGAGAAGAAUGGCCUCCUACGCCUCUCCUCCUUCAGCGAUGCGGAAAUCCAGAAGCGACUUAAAACAUACUUCAAGUUUUUUAUUGUCAGAGACCCCUUUGAAAGACUCAUAUCUGCCUUUAAGGAUAAAUUUGUCCACAAUCCACGAUUCGAACCUUGGUACAGGCAUGAGAUUGCCCCUGGCAUCAUCAAAAAGUACCGGAAGAACCGGACAGAGACCCGGGGCAUCCAGUUCGAAGAUUUCGUACGCUACCUGGGCGAUCCGAACCACAGGUGGCUGGACCUCCAGUUUGGGGACCGCAUCAUUCACUGGGUGACCUACGUGGAGCUGUGCGCACCCUGCGAGAUAAAGUACAGCGUGGUGGGGCACCAUGAGACCCUGGAGGAGGAUGCACCAUACAUCCUGAAAGAGGCUGGCAUCGACCACCUGGUGUCCUAUCCCACCAUCCCUCCGGGCAUCACCGCCUAUAACAGGACCAAGGUGGAGCACUACUUCCUGGGCAUCAGCAAGCGCGACAUCCGGCGCUUGUAUGCACGAUUUGAAGGGGACUUCAAGCUCUUUGGGUAUCAGAAACCAGAGUUUUUGCUCAACUAGUGUCUGGGUCUUGGGGGCUCGGAUAGCUUCUUGAGGCCAGGGGCUGCUAGCAGGCUGGGUACCCAAGUGCAGAACUCACCCUUCCCACACUAUAGCCAGGCCUGGUCCCGUGAGCGCCCUGGCAGACGAUGGACACUCGGCCCUUGCCACUUGUUUGGGACAUAAAGUAUGCUGAGGAUCCACCCCACCCCUGCCAGUGUCAUCAGGAUGCUACCAGACCCUGCUGUCCUUGGAAGGGAGGGAAAACCAAACGCUUACACUCUGAGAGAGCCAGCGGGAGGGAACAUGGCCCGAUGCAGGCAGUAUGUGACCUGGCUCUCCGGGGCCUUGCACAUCAUCAGUGGAUUGCAGAGGAUGGUGUAGGAGCCACGGGACUGCAGGCCCAGCAGAGAUGAAGGCAGGAUUUAGUCUGCCUCUAGAAAUGGUGCCUCUGCCUGGCAUCCUGGCAGUGCUGUCAGCUUGAGGCUCUGGGAGACCAUCCCUGUGACAUUGAGCGACAGGCAGAGGGCAGUUUCCAGCCAACCACUUAACCUAGCUCAGCAGCAGGAUGUGACUUCAGAAAGUGAGGGGCAGUGAAGGUACCUUCCAACUGGGAAGGGGAACGUGUUCGGGAACUGCUAGAGUUGCCAGGCCCUGGCGCUCAGGCCGCUGUGCACUUGGACAGCAUUUUGCCCAUCCUGUCUGCACACCUUGACUUUCCCCAGUCGGUGGGGAGGGAGCAGACCUGCACCCAUCUCCAGGGGCCUUCCCUGCAACCAGGGAUGAGCAGGGACAAUUUAUGCCCCAUCCCACAACUCAGUGCCAUUCACUCAUCUCAUUGUCCCGUCAUCUCAGCAAAAUGUUCGCUACCAGACCUAUUUCUGAAAAUGCCACUCUGCAGGACUCAAUGGCCAGAAGUUGGGUCAUCAGGUUCACCAGCAAUAAAAUCCUGGGCCCAAAAAAAAGCCUCCAGCAAUGUCUCCCAGGCAUCAACAUAGGCCACAGCAGCCAGUGUGAUGCCAGGGGCCAGGGGAGGCUGAUGGGCACGGCUGCCCAGAGAUGAGCCCUGGUGCUCAUGUCUGCCCACACCCUGCCCACUUGCCCAGCAUUUCUUAAAGGCAGCCUCAGCUUUUCCUCCCUUCCAACAGCUUGCUGACCUUGUCAGUGUGAAAGUGAAAUAAAAGUAGGAAUUUGUGCCAAACUUACAUGUGGUAUGGUCCCAGGAGAAGGUGUCUGGAAGUCUCAGUGUCCCACCUCCAACCCUUCACCCAAGGCCCAAUGAUGGACUGA